UUUUCUCUUCAUGACAUGGUGGAGGAGCCAAGUCUAUCCUUCACCUCUACGCCUCCUCCAACCCAGUGCACCAGAUUUAACUUUCGGACAUUUCGUUGGAUGCAAACUAUGAUCUUUGCCAUUAAGGAGAUCAACCGAGAGGGCAUACUGCUGCCCAACAUCACCCUGGGUUAUAAGAUCUAUGAUUCAUGCAGUACACCCCAUCAGGCUUUGAAGGCAGCCAUGGAGUUAAUGGGAAGUGAGAACGGUUCAAUGGUUGAAGGAGUGACACAGGGUAUUGGCACAUGUCAUGGUGCCGUACCAGCAGUGAUAGGAGACGGAGGCUCUACUCAAUCUCUCGUUGUGGCCCGUUUCCUGGGAGUUUACCAGGUUCCACAGGUUAGUUAUUUCUCCAGCUGUGCCUGUCUCAGUGACAAAGAUCAGUUCCCUGCAUUUUUAAGGACCAUGCCUAGUGACUUUUUCCAAGUAGAUGCACUGGUACAACUUGUCAAGCAUUUUGGUUGGACCUGGGUUGGUGUGAUUGCAGGAGAUGAUGCCUAUGGCCAAGGUGGGGCAAACAUUUUUGCCUAUAAGGUUAGAAAGCUUGGUGCUUGUGUUGCCCUCCAUGAGAUCAUCCCAAAGAACCGAGCACAGGCUGCCAUUUCUUCCAUCAUUUCAAAGAUCCGCUCCUCUGGGGCUCGGGUGAUUCUUGUGUUUGCUGUGGAACAAGAUGCAGCUGCCUUGUUUGAUGAAGCGCUCAGAGAGGAGCUCACUGGUAUUCAGUGGCUGGCCAGUGAGGCUUGGAGCACUGCUGCCGUCCUCUCCACCCCAAAAAAAUACCACCCCAUCCUCCAGGGUUCAAUGGGAUUUGCCAUUCGACGAGCAGACAUCCCAGGAUUGCAAGACUUUCUGCUUCGUUUGCACCCAUUGAACCCAGAUGCCCUGGAAGAUCCAUUCUUGAUACCUUUCUGGGAAGAGGUGUUUCAGUGCAGCCUCGGUGUCCAUGCUGAAGGUCAGGAACGCAAUGAUGAGGGUAAACCUCCAUGCACUGGAGAGGAAGAGCUUGGGAGUGUAACCAAUAUCUAUUCAGAUGUGUUACAGCUAAGGAUUUCCUACAAUGUCUAUAAAGCUGUGUAUGCCAUUGUUCAUGCACUCAAGGCCAUGAGAAGCUGUGUGAAAGGAAAAGGGCCAUUUCCUCAGCAGACCUGUCCAGAUGUAGAUAAUAUACAGCCAUGGCAGCUUCUUCAUUACAUAAAACAGGUGGAUUACUUGAACUCUUUUGGUGAUGAAACCAAGUUUGAUGAGAAUGGUGACCCUGCAGCCAUGUAUGACCUGGUAAACUGGCAGCUCAAACCAAACGGGAAAAUGGAGUUUGUCACUAUUGGCAAAUUUGAUGAGACGACUAUAGUUGGAAAGCAAAAACUCCAGAUCCAAGAGCAGAACAUAAUGUGGAAUGGCAACCAAACCCAAGUUCCCUUGUCAGUAUGCAGCAGCAUUUGUCCCCCUGGUACCCGGAAGGCAAUUAGACCUCACUUCCCUAUCUGCUGCCAUGAUUGUGUGGUGUGUACAGCUGGGGAGAUUAGCAAUCAGAUUGAUGCCAUAGAGUGUGUCCGCUGCCUUCCAGAGUUCUGGUCCAAUGAUGAGAGGACAGCCUGUAUACCCAAACAAGUGGAGUUCCUCUCCUAUAGCGACACCAUGGGCAUCACCCUGACGGCUAUUUCGCUUAUUGGUUCCUUCUGCACAUGUGUUGUUUUCUUCAUAUUCUCCUGGCACCGAAACACCCCUAUUGUGAGAGCAAACAACUCCGAGCUGAGCUUCCUGCUGCUCUUCUCCUUGACUUUAUGCUUCUUGUGUUCUCUGACCUUCAUUGGCCGGCCCUCUGAGUGGUCUUGCAUGCUGAGACGCACAGCAUUCGGCAUCACAUUUGUCCUCUGCAUCUCCUGUAUUCUUGGGAAAACUAUUGUAGUACUUAUGGCCUUCAGAUCUACAAUCCCAGGUAGCAAUAUGAUGAAAUGGUUUGGGCCUGCCCAGCAAAAGGCAAUCAUCACUUUUUGUACACUUGUCCAGGUAAUUAUCUGUACAGUCUGGCUGGUUGUUGCUCCUCCCACUCCACGCAAACUCAUGCCUCGAGAGAGCGCGAUUGUCAUUCUUUUAUGCAGCGAAGGUUCAACUGUAGCUUUCGCUCUGGUCCUGAGCUAUAUUGGCCUGUUGGCCUGCCUCUGCCUUCUCCUGGCCUUCCUUGCAAGGAAGCUCCCAGAUAACUUUAAUGAGGCCAGACUCAUCACCUUCAGCAUGCUAAUUUUUUGUGCCGUGUGGGUAGCCUUUGUUCCCGCCUACAUCAGUUCUCCAGGGAAGUACUCCACAGUCACAGAGGUGUUUGCAAUCUUGGCCUCUAGUUAUGGACUUCUCGGCUGCAUUUUUGCCCCAAAAUGCUACAUAAUCUUACUGAGGUCAGAAAAGAACUCGAGGAAACACCUGAUGUCUAGAGGUUCCACUGACAAAUUUUAG